AUGGCACAAGAAUUCGGCUCCGAGACCCAAUCUCAGUCCGCGCAGCGAAUGUACAACACCCGUGCCUCCAAUUACGAGGACUCCUGGCAUCCAGACUACUCCCGGCGUUUCGUUGCCCUCGUACCUUUGAAGCCAGGCCACCGAGUCCUGGAUCUCUGCUGCGGCACGGGCUUGGACGCGUUUCUCGCGGCUGAGGUCGUAGGCGACCAAGGAGAAAUCGUUGCUGUGGACGUCUCGAGCGGCAUGCUCGAGCAGCUCCGUGAGAGACAAAACCAGGAGCCGGAGCUGGGCGGACGGAUCAGAACAUUCAACCAUGACGUGACAAACCUCGAUGGGGUCCCGGGGCUGGAAAAGGGCAGUUUCGAUGCCAUCUUGUGCUCCUGCGCUUUCGUCCUGCUUGAGCAUUCGGCGCAGGUUGUGGCGCAUUGGAAGGAGUAUUUGAAGCCCGGCGGCAUCAUGGCGAUAGAUGUCACGCACGAGUGGAACCUGCGACCAGGCCUGGUUCUUGAGCACGCUGCGAACAGGUUGGGCGUAAAGUUCCCGUCUAACCGCCUGUGGAUACGGUCGAUCGAGUCAUUCAAGGAGGUCCUGGGAGGUCAAGGGAUGGCGGUUGAGAAGGCAGUUGAGCUGGAGAGGCAGUCGGGAAAGGGGUCGGUAUUCUACGGGGUCGACGAGGCCGACGACCAGUUCGAGUAUUUUAUGAAUGGCAGCCUGGCGCAGAAUGUUGCCUCGGAAUCAUUCAAGGCCAAUGCGAAGCCGUUGUUCCGGGAGGAGUGGGAAAGGAUAGCGGUGAAUGGGAAGGUCGAGAGCGUCGACGCGUCGUACGUGUACAUUGCACGAGCGCCUCAGUAA